AUGGUAAUAAGGUUUUGAUAUUGAUAUCACAAUCUUGAAUCGAUUCAAAAACAAAAAUGGGCUUGUUAAGAUAAUAUAAUAUCGAACAAAAAAAUCCAUAUAAAAUAUAUUGUGCAAGCGAUUUCUUCACACUACUCCACUAUGAAUUUUAUUUUGAAGCUUGUGGUACUGGUGUCCAUAGCCAGUUACAGUUUUGCAGAUGAAUAUGUUCUCAAUAGAAAAAGGUUUCCUCCAAAUUUCAUGUUUGGUGUCGCAACAGCUGCAUUUCAGAUCGAAGGUGCCUGGGAUGAAGAUGGCAAAUUGCCAAGCAAUUGGGACAAUUACACUCAUGCUGAUCCUGAUUCUAUAGCUGAUGGGAGCAAUGCAGACGUUGCAUGUGAUUCCUAUCACAAAUACAAAGAAGACCUAGCCAGUUACACCACAAUGAUUUCCAUUUUGAAAUUUGCGGUACUGGCGUCCAUAGCCAGUUACAGUUUUGCAGAUGAUUAUGUUCUCAACAGAAAAAGGUUUCCUUCAAAUUUCAUGUUUGGUGUCGCAACAUCUGCAUUUCAGAUAGAGGGUGCCUGGAAUGAAGAUGGCAAAUCAGCAAGCACCUGGGACAAUUACACUCAUGCUGUACCUGCUUACAUAGAGGAUGGGACCAAUGCAGACGUUGCUUGUGAUUCAUAUCACAAAUACAAAGAAGACGUAGCUAUAUUGAAAGAAAUCGGCGUGAGCCAUUACAGAUUCUCUCUGGCUUGGAGCAGAAUUCUCCCGACCGGAUUCCCGGACCAAAUCAACCAGGCUGGCGUCACCUACUACAAGAAUCUCCUUCGAGGACUGAGAGCCAACGACAUCGAGCCUGUCGUCACCAUCUUCCACUGGGAACUGCCUAUGGCCCUACAAGAAUACAACGGUCUGCUGAACGAGUCCUUCAUCGACUGGUACGCCGACUACGCCACCGUAUGCUUCGAACUCUUUGGCGAUGACGUCAAGUUUUGGUCCACAUUCAACGAGCCCAAACAAUCCUGCAGCGGAGGCUAUGGAUACGGCUACUUCGUGCCAAACAUCCAUUCCGAAGGGUUGUUGGAGUACGUGAGUGCACACAACUUGUUGCGAGCCCAUGCUAAGGCCUAUAGAAUAUACGAGGAGAGGUUCAAAGCAGCACAGGGUGGGAAAGUAGGUAUUGUGUUGGAUAGCUCUUCAUAUAUACCAGGAUCUGACAGGCCUGAGGACAUCACAGCAACAGAAACUAAUUACCAAUUUGAACUGGGUUGGUUCGCCAACCCCGUCUUCAACGGAGACUACCCUGAAAUCAUGAAAUCCCGCAUCGCAGCUCGCAGCCGCGCAGAGGGCAGAGAAACUUCCCGUCUGCCCGAGUUCACCGAGGCUGAAAAGAUCGCCCUCAAGGGUUCUGCUGACUAUUUCGGCCUCAACACCUACUCGACCGCCUUGGUGGUGGCUAUCGAAGAUCCGCCCAUCAGCAAUCCGCCCAGCAGGUACCAGGAUAUGGGCAUCUCGAAUUACCAACCCGACGAGUGGGGGAAUAGUUCGAUGUCCGGGUUCAAGGUUGCCCCUUGGGGUGUAAGACCCCUGUUGAAUUGGGUAAACGAUCACUACAAUCAACCAGACAUCAUAAUUACUGAGAACGGUACACCUGACAUGACCGGUACCUUGCAGGAUGAAUAUAGAGCUUCCUUUAUCCAGUCGUAUCUGAGUUACAUCAGGGAUACAAUGGAGCAAGAUGGAGUGAAUGUAAUCGGUUAUACUGUGUGGAGUAUAAUGGACAAUUUCGAAUGGACUCAUGGAUACAGUCAAAAGUUUGGUCUCUACAAUGUGGACUUCAAUAGCCCAAACAGAACAAGAACGCCAAAGCUGUCUGCUCAGUAUUACAAGAAAGUUUGUCAAACAAAAUGCCUUAUAGUUGAUGAAAAUGGUUGUACGGAUUAGUGGUAAUGAGAAUUAUUCUAACUGAAUUCGGCGUUUUUUUUUUCUUCCUUCAAUUCAUAUGAUUUGAUCCUUUCAAGCUACCUCCAGUGUUUUGCAAACUCAGACAGGUUAGGUAAGGUAAUCAGAUAACUGAACUUUCUCACCACACUGUAUUUAUUCCAAUUAAAUGUCAGUAGAAAGCAAAUGAAAAGCUGAGGUAGGGACAUGAAAACCACUUUGGCUAAUAAUGAAUAGUUCCGACACAACAUUUUUCUGAAGUUGAAAAAAAUCUCAAUUUUUCACACCCUAUAUCUCUGUAAUCAUUUCAGCUAGACACCCCAAGUGUGAAAGAUCGAUGAAAUCAGUUCUUCAGAGAGAAUCUGAAAAUGCAACAAAAUAUAUGGUGUCUUUAAGAAUUCAUAA